AUGGGUCGAUUAAUUCUCUUCUGGGCUGCCUUAAUGGGGUUGUUUCUCCUCUUCUCAGUCUCUAGAUCAGAAACAGAAGAAGUAAGGCAAGCCUUAGUCAGAUUCAUGAUCCAAAUUUCUCCUGGAAACAUCAACAGGGGUGCAAACUGGGGCUGGAAUUUAACCUCAGACCCCUGCAUUUGGCAAGGAGUUGUUUGCAACGCAAUGUCGAAGAGUGUCAUAAUUAUACAUCUAGACAAACUCAAUCUCAGCGGAGUUCUUGAUGCUAAUUCUCUCUGUGUAGCAAAAUCACUAGCUCUCUUGAGCCUGAAUCACAACCAAAUCGUCGGAAAUUUACCUGAAGGGAUAUCAAACUGUAGCCAACUAAGGCGCCUAUUCAUAAGAGGAAACAAUUUCUCAGGUAUCCUUCCAGGUUCCCUUUCCAAAUUAAGCAAGUUAAUAAUGCUUGAUAUCUCAAGCAAUGUCUUCUCUGGGGAGCUACCUGAUUUGCCGCGAAUCUCAGGCCUAGUUGGCUUUCUUGCUGAUAACAAUGAUCUAAGUGGAAGAAUUCCUGAGUUUAACUACUUGAAUCUUCGAGCAUUCAAUGUCUCGUACAACAAUUUUAGCGGUCCAAUUCCUGAUGUCCAUGGCCAUUUCAAUGCAAGCAGCUUUUCAGGUAAUCCUGGAUUAUGUGGAAAGCCACUGCGAACGCCUUGCCCAAGCCCUCCUCCAUCUUGA